UACGUCAUAUAUGGUAGACGAAAUGCUCUACAGCUGUCUAAUUAUUUUUCUGCCUUGAUCACUAAGGUUGAACGCGUUUGUGAUGAAAUCAACAUUUUGGAAAGCUCCGACGUCAUUCGAAAAAAAACAUGGAAUGUUCCGAUCGCAGAACUUUGAACAAGUCACACCAGAUAAGGUUGUUUAUACACAGGUUUACCUGCUCCUUCGGGUGACCGCUGGGUGAUGGUCAAUGUUUACUUUCUUAAAAGAAUGAACGUGAAACGGGAUUCAGCGUCUUUUUGCUCUUCGUUCGCAUUGGUUUUAGUUUCAUAUUUAUCAGUUUUAGUUACCAUUAGUGGAAAAGAAAAUCUCGAUGAGCAAAUAGCAUUUGAUGUUGCAGGAAGUCAACAACCAAUCUCGUUUUCUUCCAAUGAUCAGAGCACGGGGUACAUUGUUUACUGUCCCUGUAUGGGUAAGUUAUAAAUUAUUAUGAAAACAUUAUUCAUAGUACAUAAAAGAAACAGUACUUAACAGAAUGAGUUAGAUGUAUCUUGGUGCAGAGGCCUAUGCGGUUAAUUCGUUUUUUUUUGUAAAAUCAACAAAGAGUCGAGGGUAUUGUGGAAUUUAAUAUCACCCAAAAAAUAUUGAUGUUCUUCAUUGUGUAAAAUAAGCCCCUCCAUGUAUAGGCCCCUCCAAAUAUAAGCCCCCCAAAAUCGUAAUGCAAAACACCCUCUGUUAAAUCGCCCCUCCGAAUAUAAGCCCCCCGGGGGGCUUGUACUUGGAAUUUACCCUCGAAUACAAAAUAAAACAAAGCAAAAAUGGUAAAUUUCCUUUGCACUACGAGCUAGCCCAACCGAUUUUAUAACCCAAAUUUCCCUCCAUCCAUAAGCCCCUCCGAAUAUAGCCCCCUCCAAAAAUAAGCCCCUCCAAAAGGGCCUUUGAAAAAUAUAAGCCUCGGUGCUUAUUUUCAGAAUUUUACGGUAUGUUGUGGUCGUGCUUGUGGUCAUUUAUCCGGGGGAAUUUAUUCCUAGCCCUUGGCCCUGUCUAUGACAGCCCUGUCUAUUUUCCCAGCAGGUGUGUCUCUACUGUUCCUGGAAAAACUAAUUUUUUUUAUUUAUUUGGUAUUGUAUACAGGUCGAUUUGGAAACCAAGCUGAUCAGUUCUUGGGAUCACUUUCAUUUGCAAAGGGACUGAAUAGGACUCUUGUACUUCCUCCCUGGAUAGUAUACCCAAGCUACAAAAUUGGAGGCUCUGUAAGAAUUGUUGUUACUAUAUUUUCGAACAUAAAUGUAAAACUGUUUUCUCCAGACUUGCCAACUCUCACCCAAUCUCACGGUGUUUUGGGAAAUAUCAUUCUGAUAUCAGAUGUUACUUUUUUGAAUAAAAACGGAAAUUUCCUGUUGAUUGCUAGUGCUUGUUUAAGCCUUGAUGGCACUUUGUCCAACACUUUGGCCAUGAAGUUGGCUGAUAAUUCAGAGGAAUCCACCCUUUGCUGUAAGUUUCAUCCCAGUUAUGACCUCUUCCAUGGCCUCUAAGAGUCGUCAAAAAACUAAAAAAGCGGUAUCUUGUCACAAGUGGGACCACACUAAAACAAGGUACAAUUAAUUCCCCCAAUGGAAACAGGGUUGGUUUAAUCUUGGUUUGACAAAAAUGAGAAUCUCACCACUUUUUGUAGAAUCUCCAAUUUUUUUUACUAGUCACCAGAUUUUCCUUGAUCAGGGGUCAUCAGGUCUGAUUCUCAGAGAUGCCAACCUGUGGAGAUCUAAUAUCUGUGGAGGUCUAAUAAACAAUUUUAGGAUUUUGUCUGCCACCUCUCAAAUGAGACUUUUCAAUGGCAAAUAUGGGGAGGAAAUAAAGUUAGAUGUAAAGAAUCGACCAUAAGAGGACACAGAAAAAAAAAUCUGAGCCCCAGUUGGGAUUUGAACCCACAACCCUCCGUGUUCUAGAUGGAAUGCUGUAACCUCUAAGCUACUGAGGACUCGUUGGUGAGCAAGGGUCAUUUUUGUGGGUUGGACUUGCGUACCCCAUCUCGCAGUCACACAGUCCAUCACAAGCACCACAUUAAGGCUUAACUGCAUCACGCAGUCACAUUAAUUGCAAGAAAUGCCUCGCCUAUGAAGGAGCCUCCAACCAACCAACCUAUGCCACUGAUAAUAAUUAGUAUUAUGAAGGAAAUAAAGGAAGAUGUAAUUUUUCUUUAGGGUCGUGAGUUCAAAUCCCAUCUGGGGAUCAGAUUUUUUCUGUGUCCUCUUAUGGUUGAUUCUUUACAUCUCCCUUUAUUUCCUUUAUAAUACUAAUAUCAGUGGCAUAGGUUGGUUAAAUAUGGGGAGACUUGUUAUAAUCUAUGGUUUGAUUUAUUUUCCAGGAGAGGGUACCAUUUGAUGAAUGGUUUCUUGUAAAACCACUUGAAGCUUAUCACAAUGUUAUAACAAUGGAAAAAUUUAUGAAAGAUAUUGCACCAAGUGUUUGGCCUCCUGGUCAACGUAUAGGUUGGUAUUUUUUCUCAGUCUGUAAUGAUGCUUCUUUACUCCUGUUUCAGUUGGACUAAACUAUUUAAGACAUAAGGGUUCCACUGGUAUUACACAUUCAGACCUAGUUUUAAACAUCAAUAAGAAGUAGAUCAAGAUGGUGUGGUAAAGGGAUAUAAUAGAUGUGACUGACUGAGAUGCUGACGUUUUGCAUAAUUUGAGGUCAAGACUGUCUGAGGACACAGGAAUGACAACAUCGUCAGUUCUUGUAAAUAUUGCAUGUACAGCCUGGGGGAGUACUGACUUCCAUUUAUGUGCUAGAUUGGUAUGUGCCACCCUAUAGGGUAUGGUUUGUGAAGAUCUUGAUCCUUAAUUAGGGUAUCAUCGCAAUUCUUAUCCCCAUUUUCCAUGGUCUCACACACACAAACACACACACACAACAAAGAAACGCUUGCAUUUUUAGAGUCCUAGAAUUAGGAAAGCAAUCUAAUGUCAAGGUUAAUAUUUUUAACUUCUUAGUCCUUUUUCUGCUAAAAACAAAACAAAACCAAAUGAAAUAUCUGAACUAAUCCCUAUAAACCUUAAAAGAAAAAGAAUCAAAUUCAAAAAAGAAAAAAAAUCAAAACAAUUUGUUUAAUGAAGGUUUAAUAUGUUGCCAUUAACAUUGUCAAAAAAGGGUUUUUAGACCCUAGGCACUAUUCUUUUCCCCCCCCCUCUCUCUGAGUAUGUGUCACCAUUCAAAAUGUUUCUGUCUACUCAGUGCUUUUUCAUUUCAGGUUUCUGGGCAUAAAUGUAGAAUGAAGGAGGGGAAUCCAUUUGGUCCUUUCUGGGAUCAUUUUAACAUAAAUUUUGAUGACUAUCGGGAACAUACUGGCAUGUUGUGGGACAUGAAAAGUGAACACAGCAGACAAGCUUGGCUAGAAAGGUAAGAAGGAACAUAUUUUUGAAGGGCAGUGUAACAGUAUAAUUGCAGUGAGGAUGUGAUAUUGGACUUAGUUCUGAUCUUAAUUUAUGUUAGUUAGAGAUAUGUUAGUUAGGCUACAUGUAUUGGCCAUUUUGAAAUUACACAUGAGACUGGCCCAGUGUUGUGUCAAGUUGUACUAUAGCACUAUUUGGGGGUGCUGUCCAGGGGCGGAUCUAGGGGAGGGUGCCGUGAGAUGACCUUUUUCUAAUACAACUGGUAUUCUGCAAAAAAAAAAAAAAAAAUGUGUGACAUUGGGUUGAUGAGCAAGAGACGAGUGCACCCCUUCCUAAAAAAAAUCCUGGAUCCGCCCCUACUGCCUGUGAGGGACUUCCAUGUAACAGUGACAGGGAUGCUGUUCGGAAAAUUAGAAUUAAACUCCCUAAGGGAGAACCAAUGUGGGCGUGGCUCAAGGUUAAACUGACCCCUAAAUGAGACCAUACCAUUAAAAACAGAUAUCAUGGCAUUUUUUUGUAAAUUUCUUUAUGCACAGCCCUAAGCAAUAACCUGAAUGGGCAAAUAUAGUGACUGUCUAUCCCAAACACCCUUAGCGAGACCAGAAUAUGCAAUUUACACUCCUAAGAUAGACUGCAAAACAGUCUGUAUUUUUGGGUGCAAGAGCCAUAAUGGUCCCCCUCUGGCUCUUGGUAGGCACCAAAAGUCAGACAAAAGGUUUGGAGUGAAGCUGAAAAUGAAGAGCUUGACUGGGGAGAGACGCUAAAAAUACGGACUUUUUUCUCUCGCCUCACACGCCCUUCGCUUCGCUUUGUGCCUGUGAGACUCUUACUUUACUUCUACGCAACCCUAAACCUAUUUUCUUACAGUCUACUCCUAAGCGAGAUGAUGAGCAUUCUUGGCACUUUUAUAUGUUAGUCUCCCCCAGGGGGUGCUGCUGCUUCUUUCAUUGGCUAUUACUAGGUUAUGCAGGGAACUGGGAGGAGGAGUAAAAGGAGACUAAAUAAUCGGUUCUUUGCCCAAUGCACUUUACAUGAAAAACUGGUUAUAUCUUUCUCACUUUACUACAACUGAGCUUAAAAUUUAUCAUUUCUCUUUAAUUAUGACCAUAUGGUACUUUAUUGACAGUGCACAGUUCUUAACAGUAUGCAAGACAAAUGUCACAUGAAAUUAGUGAAGUGCCUUGAUGAGUCUCUCCACAGCUCAUUGAAUAGGGUUUAAAAUAAAUACUCGACAUUUUUUACCGUUAAUUUUUUCCACGUUCGUGACUUAAAAAACAUGUUAUCUUUCUUACAAGAAGCAAAACAGUCUGAAAUUUUCAGCUUACAUCACAAGACCCUUAUACAAUUCUUGUAUUUGUCUUCGCUGUACUUUAGAUUUCCAGCUUCGGAGUAUCCCGUAAUAGCUCUGAUGGGAGCUCCUGGGGAGUUUCCCGUCCGGGAGCACAACUGGUGGCUUCAAAAGUUUGUCCAUUGGUCAAAGAAGAUUAAAAAGAAAGCCAAGGAAUUUAUUAAAAGUGUUCUGAAUAAUGAGCCAUUUGUUGGUAUUCAUCUACGCAAUGGUAUUGAUUUUGUAAGUUCUAUCGUUCGUAACUGUAUGAUAGUGUUUUAGUGUAGUUAGGAGGAGAAUGUUGACAGGCGAUUUUGCCCAGAAAAUAGUGUUUUUCCUUCGAUUUCUAAGAAUGACAUGAAGUCUCGAACAAGAAACUGACACAAGGGACUCCCCCCUCCCCCUUUCACGAAGGCUAACACAAAGGAUUGUGAGGUAAUCCCCUCCCGGGUGAGCGUUAGUUGGGAGGUACUUUCCCCCUCCCCCCUCCCCUCCCCCUUCAUCCCUUUUUUUCGCUCUGGUCCAACUGUUCUCGACGAACUCGCGCGGAAACGCUUGCUACGCAGUGAGACUGUGUUUUUUUAUAUUUGGUUUUCGUUAAGAUCCCGGCCAGGGAGCGAGGGUAUUUCGCUUUAUAAACAAAUCUUUUCUACAUUCAGCAUUUACGGCUUUUUAACGGAUCAAGUCAGAAACAAUGGAAACAUGACAGUCACACGAUACCAAAAUUGAAGUUGUCGUCAUCUUUUUCAUUUUGUCGAUUUUAGCUUUCGAGUGCGGUCUUAGAAUCUUCAAUUUUGACCCACUUAGAAAUUAGAACUUUAGGAAGGGGAAAGUACCGUAUCUUCUGAGGCUUCGUUUAUAACUGAAGCCGCCAUAUGCAUGCAUAGCACAGUCCGCAACAAAGAAGGACGAUGGUAACCCUGUGAGGAUGCUGCCACAUUCUCCUACAUAACGACGUACCAGUAGUGACCGGCGGUCAUUUCGCUUACGCAUCGUUUCGCUAACGUCCUGCUCACUAACGUCUUAACGAGCACUACACCUGUAUAUACCUCGUUCUUUCAGCCACGACACGAAAAGACUCCUAUAAACAGGUCUAUAUAUAGCUCACUGAUCAAGCUUAGGACGUUGGCGACUGAAACAAACACGUAGACGCGACUCGUAGUCGAAACGACCGCAAAUCGACGUACUGACUAAUCUUCAGUGCUACUGACCCCUAACAACCUAGUUCUUUGACAUUCAUGUGUAUUGACCAUGACUACAAACAAAUAUGUUUUACCCGUCUUUCAUCGAGCAGUUUUCGCCAAAAAAAUUGUUUCUUUCACAGGAAAGGGCAUGCGAACACGUCAAAGAUCCAAGGCAGACCUCAUUUUUCGCUUCACCACAAUGCAUUCGGGAAGGUUCCAAGAAGCUAACGCACGAAAUGUGCUUUCCCCCAAAGAAGGAAAUCCUCAAGAAGGUUAAAAAGGUUGUAAAGAAAAUCAAAGCUAAAAGAGUAUUUGUGGCAACAGACCACGAUCCAAUGCUGAAAGAUUUGAGUCAGGCGCUGAAAUCACUCAAGGUAUGGAUAUUGUUUUGAAAAGCUAAGCCACUGCCGAAGCAAACGUUGAAUAGACCAUUUCCGAGUUCCCCCGGGCCUCUGUUUCAGAACGAGGGUAGGUGCUCAGCCUUUUAUAUGGAAAUCAUUUUUCAUUCUCAUGCAAAUGAAACUCAGUUUCACAACAUGCCUCAUUUUGAAAGUGAGGGUUUUUGGAACUCGGAAGUGGCCUAAUAUUUGGGGUGGCCUUGUAGUGAAGUAGCCCCCAAGGAGUUCGCCCUCCAAGUUCUAUAUAAGCUGUAAGUUCAAUUAUAUGCAGCUUUUGCGAGCGGCCAAAACUUAGCUAGUCCUCUGUUCUUUUUGGCUGCCUGAGAUGGCAAGAUCAGGCGGCUAUCUUGCCAAAUUGGGAUUUCCCUCGUUAGUACCGCCAGGAAAAAGGUAUAGUGGCCUUAUGGUAAAUCCUUUAUUGACCAAGCAUAUUCGGUCAAGAAGGCUGGAUAUUGGCCGCGUCCUUUUUUGCGUUUUUACUGACUUUGACCUCGUCUCGGGCCUUAAAAAGAACUUCGGUUUGGCCAGUAUCCUGCGCUAUCAUAUGACCGAUUCAGCGAGCGGGUAUCAUGAAACGAAUACUGUGUUCUGAUCGGCUACCUGCCGAGCGAGUGAAAUGAGCCUGUCUUGCCCGCUUGGGGUUUUCCGCGUUGGUCCCCCAAGAAAGAUAAAGAGAACUUGACCAAUAUCCUCCCUGAGUCGAUCUUGUCCUCACUCAUGGUUAAUAACACAUACUUGGUGGUAGAUGUAACGUACUAGAAAGAAGUAUUUCUGGGUAUGUAAGGUUAGUUAAGUUGCCACAUGAACUUUGACGAGGCGAACUAGAACGGGGGGCGAAACCUCUCGUUACCAAUGUGGAGGCUAUGGUGCCUAUACAAAUCGGGAAAAUCCGCGGUUGAAGAGCAGGUUGUCGAAACGUCAGUCACUGCCAACAACAGUCCUCUCACCUGGCUGAUCAGAUUCUACCUACUUGUUGCAGGUUUCCGUGCAUAAGAGAAACCCCUCAGAUGAAAUCAGUGAUCCAAUAGUAGACCUGGCCAUUCUGACGAUGUCUGAUCACUUCAUAGGAAACUGUGUAUCAAGCUUCACUGCAUUUGUCACUCGUUAUCGGGCAGUAGAAAAUAAACCAACAUCAUUUUGGGCUUUUGAUGAAUAGCGAGACGUCCAACGCAAUCUUGUUUUUUCUUUAGCGCUGACUGGUGAUGUACUAUCAUCCUCCGAUAUUGAAAUUUAGGUAUAAACAUGCACGAAACCUAUUAAUGUGGCCACCUUUCAGUAUACGGGUUCGACUUUAUUUAUUCUUGAAAUAAAAUUUGGUUCUUAAUAAAUCUUCUUUUAACUAAAACUCCGUCCUUACACAAAGUACUUCUUUACCCUAAAUAAAUUUUGUUCAGUCGUAAUUAUAAUUUAAAAAUGUAUUGAAGAGACAGUUACAUGCAAAUUGAGGCCAUAACACUUUUGCUUACAACAACUAAA